AUGUCAAACACUGCCCCUGCUGCCUUGCGACAGGCCUCCCGUGCCUGCACGAGGCAUCUGGCCUCGCGCGGUGCCUGGAUGGCCCCUCAAGUGCUCGCCACCGGGACGCGGUCUUACGUCUCCGAGACCAAGGCCGGAAAUGCCCAGGUCAAUGUCGACGCCGCCAUCAAAGAAGAGCAAAAGUCGUUCAUGAAACGUGCCGGCCUUGCUCCGCAGAGCGUCGACUUGCCCGGCUCGGCAACUUCCGGCGACACUGCCAUGAGCCCGUCGGCCGGCAUCCUCAAACAAGCGACAGUCAUGGACCAGGGCACCCGACCCGUCUACCUCGACAUGCAGGCAACCACCCCGCUCGACCCCCGGGUCUUGGAUGCCAUGCUACCCUAUCUCACCGGCAUCUACGGCAACCCGCACUCGCGUACACACGCCUACGGUUGGGAGUCGGAGAAGGCGGUUGAGCAGGCCCGCGAAAACGUCGCCAAAUUGAUUGGAGCCGACCCCAAGGAGAUUAUCUUCACCAGCGGUGCAACGGAGAGCAACAACAUGAGUCUGAAGGGUGUGGCCCGGUUCUUUGGCCGCUCGGGCAAGAAGAAGCACAUCAUCACCACCCAGACCGAGCACAAGUGUGUACUCGACAGCUGUCGACACUUGCAGGACGAGGGCUUCGAGGUCACCUACCUGCCCGUGCAGAACAACGGCUUGAUUCGGAUGGAGGACCUUGAGGCUGCGAUGCGCCCGGAAACCGCCAUCGUCAGUAUCAUGGCCGUGAACAACGAGAUUGGCGUGAUCCAGCCCCUGGAGGAGAUUGGCCGACUCUGUCGGUCCAAGAAGGUCUUCUUUCACACGGAUGGCGCCCAGGCAGUCGGAAAGAUUCCGUUGGAUGUGAACAAGCUCAACAUCGACCUGAUGUCUAUUUCCAGCCACAAGAUCUACGGGCCCAAGGGCAUGGGUGCAUGCUUCGUUCGCCGUCGUCCUCGUGUCCGUUUGGAUCCCAUCAUCUCGGGCGGUGGACAGGAGCGUGGUCUCCGUAGCGGAACGCUGGCCCCGCACCUGGUGGUGGGUUUCGGCGAGGCAUGCCGACUCGCCGCUCAAGACAUGGAGUACGACACUAAGCACAUUGACCGCCUGUCGAAGCGUCUGAGCGAGGGGCUGUUAUCUAUGGAACACACUGCGCUGAAUGGCGACCCCAAGUACCACUACCCCGGCUGUGUGAACGUCUCGUUUGCCUACAUCGAGGGUGAGUCGCUGCUGAUGGCGCUCAAGGACAUUGCGCUGUCCUCGGGCAGUGCGUGUACCUCGGCCUCGUUGGAGCCCAGCUAUGUGCUGCGGGCUUUGGGUAGCAGCGACGAGAGUGCUCACAGCAGUAUCCGAUUCGGUAUUGGCCGGUUCACCACCGACGCGGAGAUUGACUAUGUCCUCAAGGCAGUGCAGGAUCGCGUGCACUUCUUGCGGGAAUUGAGUCCGCUGUGGGAGUUGGUGCAGGAGGGGGUUGAUCUGAACACGAUCGAGUGGAGCCAGCACUGA